AAAAAGGCGGGGCUUCCAAAAUAAGUAAACAAAACGAUUGAGUACUAUAAAAUGAAGACGAUCGGUUAUUGAAACCAUCGAAAGAAAACUCUUCCGAACGAAACAAAAUGAACGCCAAACUUCUCAUCCUCGUCUCCCUCCUCGUCAUCUGUGCAUUCAUCACUGAGACUGAUGCUCAAUACUACGGAUACGGAUAUGGAUACCCAUCUUCCUAUUAUGGAUACGGAUACGGAAACUACUACGGAUCCUACCCAUACUAUGGAGGAUAUGGAUACUACGGAAAGAGAGAAGCUGGAUUUGGUCCAAGUCAGCAGAACAAUCAAUAAUUUAACAAUUGAUACACACUCGCUUAAACUGUACAUUCAUCUGCCCAACUGCCCUCCAAUUGAAUUAUCAAGUAUUUACGAACGAAUCAUGAUUUCCGUUUAAUGACAACAAACAAUAAUAAUAAAACUUUUGAUCGAUCAAAUAA